AUGCUAUAUAAAGAGGAAGCGAGUCGUCGAAUCCACAAGACAAUGAUGCUCAAAGUCGCCAUUGGUUUGGUUCUUCUCUCAUCUACAGUACUCGCAUGCGGUUCAGGGGCCAGUGAUUCCGAGUACAUCCAAGAUCCCGUGUUUCAAAUGCUGCUUAGUCCACCGGUCGGAUGGACAUAUUUUCCAUCGGCACCAAGCACAGCAAACCAAGCUAUUUGGUAUUUUGUGGGACAGUCCAACGACACUCUGACGGCAAAGAGUCGAGCUGAUACCGAGAUUCAAGCAGCAAUGAUCGAGGCAAUUAAUGCGGCGAGUCUACCAUCGACAUCAGUUACCGUCACCAAUGAUUAUCAGCCGGUCGAGGUUGAAAACCCCAUGGGAAAUCCGCAGGCUGGAGCGACUUAUGGAAAAGUUGAAGGGGGCGCUUUGAUUGCGACAGCAACUGCUGCUCAAGGAGCAACGGUUCUUGAAUACACUCCAUACACGGUUCAACUCCGAGUUUCUGUGAAAAACCUCGGAACGACUCGAUUCUAUUGGAGUAUCGUUCAAAACACGUUCCUUCAAAAGAUGUCAAUGAAUUAUCACGCCCGAUUCACUGGCGACGUGACCGUCAACAAAGUUUAA